AUGGGCACGAAAAAAGUGUAUACAGUGAAUUCCGACGGGAAGCUUCCCCAGAAGCAUUCGGAGACCUCGAUGGCUUCUUCAGACUCGUCGAGUACGUAUCACAAUUCACAUGGAAUCUCAUGGGCCAUGGCGGCAGUGUUCAUCGUUGGAGACAUGAUGGGCGCCGGAAUGAUCUCUCUUCCACUGUCACUUGGAAGAGCCGGGCUUAUUGCUGGUGUCGUUUUGAUCCUUUUGGCUUCAUUAUUUUCUGGAUACACUGGAAUUCAGUUGGGCGAGAAUUGGGAGAUGAUGCAGAUCCGGUGGCCAAAGUACCGUACCCAUUGCCGUCGGCCGUACCCAGAGAUGGCGUACCGAGCGUUGGGAAAUUGGGCGCGACAAGCGGUCGCUGUCUGUUUGGUUGUCUCGCAAUUUUUGAUUGCCUGUGUACUUUUGUUAAUUUCUGCUGAGAAUUUUACAAAUCUACUGAACACUUUCUUUGGCCUCCAUCUAGAUUUCUGCAUUUUCAUUGUCGCUAUUGCUCUGGUUCUCUGGCCAUUCUCAAUGCUCCAAUCGCCAAUGGAUUUCUGGCAACUUGCAGUGAUUUCGGCACUAUCUAGUACCGUGGCAGCAGGAUUAAUAGUAUUCGGAGCAUCAUGGGACAUGCCAGUAUGUGCUCCACACCGGCAGAUGCCUGCUCUGACCGCUAAGCAAUUCACCCUGUCCUAUGGUACCAUUGUUUUUGCAUUUGGAGGUCAUGGAGCGUUUCCAACGAUUCAACACGAUAUGGCGAUGCCUGGACAGUUCAAUAAAUCUGUGAUUUCCAGUUAUAUUUGUGAGUUUUUCGGAGACUACAAAGACUACAAACUAGAACUUCCAGUGAUCACCCUUGUUUACCUCGCCGUCUCCAUCACUGGUCUAAUGGCUUAUGGUGACAGUAUGGUGGAUACAGUAAUCCCAUCUAUCCAACUUACUUGGGUCGCGCAAACCAUCAAUGUACUUAUUACUGCCCAUAUCUUGCCCACCAUUAUUAUUGUGCUAUCUCCGUUAUCUCAACAAGUCGAGGAGUGGAUUCGGAUUCCUAAUCAAUUCGGAGGGCGCCGCUUCCUGGUCCGUACCAUUGUCCUGUUACUGGUCUGCUUCACAGCUCUUUCCGUUUUGAAACUGGGUCUAUUUUUGGAUUUGGUCGGUGCCACAACAAUUACAUUGAUGACAAUGUUGCUUCCAAGUAUUUUCUGGCUUUUCAUGCAAGCUUNCCACAAGAAAAGAGAGGAUGGUGUCUGGUACUACACACCAAAGCUUCUUCUGGCGUUCAAUCUGAUCUCAUUGACAUUCGGCCUGGUUGGUGGCCUAACAUCCGCCUGGUCAGCCAUCGAAGCGCUCAUCUUCUCCGAACAAGUCGCGCCGUGUUAUGUGAAUUGGUUCCGACACGGAUUCACUGCCGAAGUCGCCGGAGGAUCUGUGAAUUGUUGUGGAGUUUUCAAGAAUAUCACACAUUAUGGAGGAAUUGAGCAGUGCUCAAUUCUAUCAUCCGGUCAUUAG